AUGCUCAUUUGUCUCUCCAUCUCAUUCAAUUUCGAAAACAAUGGGUUGUUGCAUUAGCAAAUUUGGACCCAAGAAAUCAAAAUUUCCCUCAGGAGAAUCAAAAUUUCGAAAACAUGUUCAAGACAAGCUUGUCAUCUCACAAGCUUCCAAAAUUCCAACUCCAAUUCAUUUCUCAAACAAAAUUUCCCCAUCUCCUCCUUCGCCUCCCAGUUGUACCUCUUCUGUUUCUUCCUUUACUAGUACAGGCAACACAACUGAAUCAUGCUCAUCAAUCUCGACCGCAUCUUCCCUUCUGACCUCGAAAGACAGAUCUUUCUCCAAUGAGUUUCUUUGGUCUUGUGUCAAGGAAAAUCCACAUAUAGUUCGCAUUAAUUCCAUCAAGGAAGCUGCUCUUUCUUUGGCAACCCCUAAAGUUCAAGCUCAGAAGUUUGACUCACCUUCGAAAUCAUUUGUUGCUCCAACACUCACCAAGCAAUCAAUCCCACAAAGGAUAUACACUUCUACACCGCAAAAGAGAGUCCGGUCAAGCUCACCAACUCCUUUAAUGCGACAAAAGAGCUUUCGUAAGGAGACAGAGUGGCAGAAUUCUUCGUAUUCUUUGCCCAGUAGAACAUUGAGAUCACCCUCGCCCAGUAGGAGAUUUAGUAGCGGUGAUAGUAACAGGGGAUUUUUGACAAAUACAACUAAAGAAAGCUGUUCAAACCGAAUGGUUGGUGCUAAGGUAAAUGCAAUAAAUUCAGUUUCUUCUUUAAGAAAAGAGAAUUUCAGGCCUGCAAGUCCAAGCAGCAAUUCAAUGGGAUUGCGGGUUUGUUUGAUGAACAGAGAGACUUGCACUUACAGAAUUGGCUCUAAAAUUGAUGAAGUUGCAGCUGAAGAAGCGGCAGUUCAGCAUGAGAGUGAGUCCAUUCCCAUGGAGGACAUUGAUAAUCCCCAUAUCUCCUUGGAUUGUUUUAUCUUUUUAUAGAAAGAUUUGUGUGUGUGCAUGCAUAUUUAAAUCUUACUCAUAUUAUUCAUAGGAUUUCUUGGUUUUUUAAUCUUUCUCAUUGUUUGUCCAAAGUAUUCAUAAAUAGUUUGCAAAAGCACAGAUACAGUGGGAUAAAGUUCUGAUUGAUUUGUAGUGUCUUUUGUGUAUUAGAUUGUGGGCAUGCUAUACUACUAGUUGGUUUGAGAAUUUUUUUUAGUGGCACCAGACUAGAUGAAUUUAGUCUGAGAUUUGGUUAUUGAUUCAUGUAACUGUAGUUUGGAACAGUUUAAUGUAUUCCACAAUUAAUAUUAAAAUUUAAUGUUAUAGAAAAUGAUCUUGAAGAA